CAUUCUUUUAUAAAUAUCUCUUUGUCGGCCACUUGGUCUCGCUCUCUCACUAUCGAUUCUAUUUGGUACUUUCAUCCCUCUCUCAAUCUGUAAUGACGUAUAUUUCCAAACUUGCUAUGUCUACAUCAGGAACAGCUAAAGUCUCCAUCCCCACCCAGACAUUUGACACAUAUUGGCUAUGGGCCAAGUCACCAUCCAAGGACUUUGUCAGUGGUCCACGCACAGGAAAAUGGAUGCUCUUCUACGACAAAUCCGUCCUCGAUGACAAGUGGGCUGCUGUAAAAAGACUUGUUGAACAAGAUUUACUGGGAGGCGUAGCAAAAUGCUCCACUGCAAUGGAAAAUCCCAAUGCAACAAGCUCAAAAUCAGGUGUCAUAAUUGUGUAUACACCAGAUUAUCAAGACGAAGAGGACGUGUAUAGGAUUGCUGCCAUUUUGCAUGAGAAAUUGGAUUACAAAAAGCCCAUGUAUUACAAAACGGACGAACAGACAUAUGCAGGAGCAUACAGGAAAACUGGAUCAACAAAAAAUCACAUCUACCGUUAUCCACCUGGCUAGAUGGCUCUACAACUUGUAUAUUCGGAUGUUCUUCCCUUAUUUCUUUAUCUUCAUUAAAGGGUCUAUAUUGAAGCAUAUUAUAAUCAUGUAAGGGUUGGAGUGUUCUCUCAAUGCCAAUGUCCCCUUUCAUGACAAUUUCAAAUACAGGAAGCGAUAAUUGAACGAUAGAGUUACUACGAUCGAGUGUCCUAUGUACACCCUAAAUGCGGCUUCAACUCGCCUUGGAGCUAAUAUUUUGUUUCCCUACAACUAUAGGCCUAUUUGAGUAUAUUUAUAUAUCUCUAUAUAUUAAUUACACGGGCUGUUCUUGCCUCGUAAAAAAAGUUGAUACUUUAUUUUGUGAGAGCAACGUAACAGGUUAUCUUUAU